AAAUAUUCUCAUAUAAGAACGGAACGUCUAUUCUUGUAAAUUCAUAUUUUUUACUCAUUUUGUGGGCAAUUAACAUUCUGCUUUAUCACGCCGAUAUCGGAGUCUACCCCCUAAAUAUUUAGCCAUGCUGAAAAUAAAAGAGGUAUUAAAGUAGAAGUAGCCUGUGUAAAUAAGGGAUUGGACAAAGCGCUAUAAAGGUUGGAUCGGACUGACAUCACCGGGAUACUUCCGGUUUAAACUAUACAAUUCAAGCAGUUGCAGCUACAUUUUUAUGAUCAUAAGACUUUUAGUUCCAUCUUUCUUCACCGUACGCGCUGCGAUCGAAAUUCCGCAAAUCUUACAUCACUGUCCACUGGGUUUAUUUGGGUUUACUACUGUGCACUUGUGCACUAUUGUGCACGUCGGAUCAAACGAGAUAGGAUGUAGUUUUAUCAAUUAAAUCGCUGCCGAUUGUUAUUUGACAAUGGAAAACGAUCGCUGGACGAUCGUUUACGUUGCCAACGAGAACAAGGAGUUGACGGUGAGCCUCGGCCACGAUCAAACCAUCGAAGACCUCUGCAUCAAGGUUUGCAGACAACUGGGCAUCGGGCCGGUGGCCAGGCACCUCUUUGCGCUUAGGAAUCACAGCACAAAGCUAUGGUAUCCAGUGGGUCAUACAUUGUCAUCAAAAGACAAGAAGUUCGAUUUUCGGCUAAGAUUCAAGCCAUCGAGUAUACAGAGGUUAAAACACAUUGAUGGGAAUGCAUACAAUUAUUAUUUUCAACAAGCAAGGGCUGAUGUGAUGGAGAACAAGGUGCCAGAUAUCGUUUAUGAGAAGCAUAAACAGGAGCUGAUCGGGCUUGGAGUCAGUGAUAUGUACAGAGUAAUGUUGGAGAAGAAGAUACCGAGAGAAACAGUCGAGUCCGAAUACCGUAAAUACAUCCCGAAGGAAUGCAUAAAGCGUCACGCGUUCUUCAUAAAGAAGCCCAUACACAAUGCUCUACGAAAGAUAAGCGGGUACGAUGCGAAUUACGUGAAAGAACAAUACUUAAAACAGUUCGAAUCGAUGGCGCCCAAUUAUCCGUACGAGGAGUACGAAGCAUUGAUGCAUCGUGAUCUGCAGAAUGUCCCUUUAAAAAUCACGAUCCGAGUGAACUGCGAGGAAGUGAAAUACUCCUCGCAGAGCGGUGGGAGCCCCUCUCCUUGGACCACUCUCUGCCUGAUCGAGGACCUCUGCUUCGUCUCCAUCAGACAGGACAACACCGUAGAGAUCUCAAGGAAAAACGGUAUUCCCUCCUAUUUAAAAUUCUCAAAAAGCUCCCAAUUAACAUCGUUCGUCUCGGCAUUGGAUGGUUAUUAUCGUCUGGCGGUGAAGUGGACGUUCAACCUCUGCGGCGAGCUCGUCGCACCGUCGUUAGAGCGGCUACACAGGAUGAAGUGCCACGGACCGGUGGGCCAAGAAUUCUCUUAUUCAAAGUUAAAAGAGAAAAGAGGCGACAAAGCCGGCGCGUAUAUCCUACGGGAAAGCGAGACGGAAUAUAAUGUAUAUUACUUAGACGCUUGUAACAAGAAUGGGAAGUUAUUUUCGAAAAGGAUCGAAGAGAACCUAAGCGAAUUUGUAAUAAACAAUGUAGAAGGUGUGUUCAGCUCUCUUAAUCAGUGCGCGUCAGCUUUCCACGACUCUGAGGGACGACCUUAUCUCUGUGAGUGUUUGCCACCCUCUGAAUACGACAAGUCGCUUUUACUUCUAUGCGCUCCCGAGAGUUCCGCGAGUGAAGUAGCGGCCGACGAGGAGAUCGUUUCAUCUGUUCUCGAAACCGGACCGCGUUGCGUGCCACGAAAUCAAUUAGAAAUACCAUAUAAAUCGUUUUUAAACUCCGUUUCGAGCGAAACAACGCCGACGACGUCGAGGAGGGCGAUCUGGAGGUUGGCCAAGGGGAAGAAGCUGGAGAUCGCGUUGAAGCUGUUGAAACAGGAAGAGGAGCCGAGCUGCACCAAGGAGUUCCUGGCAUUGGCUGGUAAAUGGGCGCAGCUCAGAUCCGACAGUUUAGUCAGAUUGUACGGAUUGACGGUGACACCUGUCAUCGGGAUGUUGCUGGAACUGGUGCGCAAGGGUCCAUUGGAUGAAUAUUUGAGAAGCUGCCCGCAGAGCAUUAAAACCGUGGACAUGGUCGAGGCAACGGCGUGUUUAGCGACCGCUCUGUGGCAUUUAGAAGAGAACGGCGUCGUGCAUGGGAAUAUAAGGUGCAACAAGCUGCUGGUGCAUGCUCACACAUUGAACAGUUUUGUCGUGAAACUGUCGGACCCGGGGAUCUUCGUCUACAAGGACACGGACAUCCACUGGCUCCCACCGGAAGCGUACAACGACCCGGACUCGGCUAGGCACAGCUUCCAGGCGGACGUCUGGUCGGUCGGCACGACGAUCUGGCAGAUAUUCGCGAGAGGGGCGACGCUCCAAGAAUUUAAAGACGCCUCAGUGAUGAAGCGGUACUACGAGUCGGGCAAGCGGCUUCCGAACCCUAUCGACUGCCCCACGGAGGUCUAUAGAUUGAUGCGGGAGUGCUGGGGCGAGGGGAACGGGUCCAGGAAACAGCCGCAAGCCAUAAUGAGAGACAUCAACCAGAUAUUGUAUCAGGUGUACAAUUCUAGGCGGAGCCAUUCGUACGCCACGGCGUUUCCCAAGCAGUUCAGCUCGGAGUUGAAAAAGCAGGACAAUCCGGAGAACUCGGAUUCGAGCGACAGCAGGUCGUUGAACAGCGAGUCGAGGAGCAGCAGCUUGAUGACGGAGAAUACUAGCCUGCAGUGGAACGAUACUGACGAGAGCACCCAUGGUGAGGUGACCGUUGACAAUUGCGUCGGGAGCACGGAAGAACUCUCGGCUUACCUCGGCUGGUUGUCGAACGGCACGAGGGAUACCGACUGCAACGACGUUUCGGAUAUCGAACGAAUCGAACAUUCGACACAGCUCCGUUUGAGCCACGAUCUGGACGAGAUCAACGAAAGCGGCGGAGCCGGGGAGGAUUCUGCUGGGAAUCAUAAUGGAUCUCUUGGACAGAUGAGGGGGAUUUACGAGCUGGACAUCGACUGUAAUGUGAUAUUACAGGGGAGAAUUGGUCAAGGGUUUUAUGGAGAGGUUUACAGGGGGACGUUGGAGAGGGAGAACGGGAAGGAUUGUGAACCGCAACAGGUUGCUGUUAAGAAGCUGAAGACGAAAGCGUUGGAGGCUGAUAUUAGGGAUUUCGAAAGGGAGAUUGCUAUUAUGAAGACUCUGAAGCAUCCGAACGUCGUGGAAAUUCUCGGCGUGAUCUCCGAGCCCGAGGUUUGCCUGGUGAUGGAAUACGUAAAGCACGGCUCGUUGCAAAGUUAUUUGACAAUUCACAAACAAGAAUUGUCGCACAAACGAUUGUUAGGCUUUGCGUUGGACAUUGCCACGGGCAUGGACUACUUGGGAAGCAUGAACAUAGUCCACAGGGACUUGGCUGCGAGGAAUAUCUUAGUCGCCGAUGAAACCAAAGUGAAGAUCAGCGAUUUCGGGCUGGCCCAAGUCACCGGACAAAACGAAUAUUAUAUUCUGCAGACUGACAGAGGGCUGCCCAUCAAAUGGUAUGCGCCAGAGAGCAUCAGCUACGGUAAAUUCUCUACAAGAUCCGACGUCUGGUCGUUCGGGGUGACGAUGUACGAGACGUUCGCGUUCGGCGAAGAGCCCCAGCUCCCCGGGCUCGAUUCGACAGCCUGUAAAGGCAAUCGGAUGCAGACGAACGAGGAGGAGAUAAAAAAGGGUAACACGGAGCUGCUGGCAGCGUUGGAAAGGGGAACAAGGCUGCCCUGCCCUUUGACCUGUCCUCAGGCGAUCUACGUUAAGCUGAUGUACCCCUGUUGGCACCUCGAGAGCCAUCAGAGGCCCGACUUCGCUACCCUUUGCCGGGAUAUCAGGGAACUCCUUGCUCAAUACUAAAUUCUCAAGGUUUGAUUGAUUAUCGACGGACGCGGGGAUUGGAUAUUCGAAUUGUAAUACCGGAGAUUUCAAAUCGAGAAAUUAACUUCGACGCGUGCUCGACAGAAUUAAAUAAUUGUAAAUAGUAGGUGAAUUAAGAUUUUUUUUAAACAUGUAAAACAGAAUUAUAAUACAAGAAAUUUCCCUUCUUUUUUUUCCUUUCCUGGUUUUACCAAUCGUUUAGGUGACGAUUCUCUUCUAUUGCGCUCUUAGGUUGAAACUCAUGCAUUCCAGGAGACUCUAUAUCUCGAGAGAGAGGAUCAAAUUCGACUAACGACUUAUAAGACAUGGUUAUGAGGUAUAAUACUUUAACUCUUCGUUUGUAUUUUCUUUUUAUUUGCUUAUCAUUCUGUUGACAAUAAAAUUGCAAAUGCAUAGACAGAUUUA